UCCAGGGUCUGAAGACUAAGGCCUGACGACUAAUUAGCUAAGAUCAACUCCCAACAAUCUAUAUAUACUGCUGAUAGCGCGGCAGAGUUUCAGCAGCUACCUGACCAACAACUGUUGCAUGAACACGUUUGCUUCCCUUCAAUCUGCUGAUAGCCAUGGCGGGCAUCGUGCUGCUCAUCAUCGUCAGCUUCCUCCUCGUGCUGCCCUCCUCAACGGCGAUAGGGCAGACCUGCGGCCACGCCGGCAACUACACGGCCAACAGCACCUACCAGUCCAACCUUGCCUCAGUCGUCGCCACCCUAAAGAGAAACACCUCCUCCCUGCCGCUGCUCUUCGCCACCGCCACCGCCACCGCCGGCGCCGGCCCCAACGCGGUGUACGGGCUGGCGCUCUGCCGCGGUGACAUCACCACCAACCUCACGGGGUGCGGCACCUGCAUCGACGGCUGCUUCCGGUACGCGCAGAAGAUGUGCCCCAACGACAAGGCCGCCAGCAUCUACGACGACAACUGCCUCCUCGGCUUCUCCAACAACAAGGACAUCCUCGCGCAGCCCAACAACAUCACGCAGGACAUGGGCACCUUCUUCCAGUUCUGGAACCAGCAGGUCAUCGCCGGCAACGCCACCGUGGUCACCGCCGCCGUGCACGGGAUGCUGAACCAGACCGCCCAGCUGGCGUCCACCAACACCCCGAGGCUGUACGCCACCACCGUCAUGGAUGCCUCCAGCAACGCUAUGCCCACCACGCUCUACUCCAUGGCGCAGUGCACGCCGGACCUUUCCGCCGCCGACUGCCAGGCCUGCCUCCGGCAGGUCAUCGGCUUGGUCAACGCCACGCUGUCCGUACGCCUCGGAGGACGCGUUCUCCUGCUGCGCUGCAACAUCAGGUACGAGAACAACAUGUUCUACGACGGCACGCCCUUGAAGCGGAUCACCGCGGCAUCACCCAGCCCUCCGGCUGCGCCGCCGACGACGCCCACCACCAAUAGCCGCAGACCCAGGAUAGAGGCCUGGGCGAUUCCCUUGUUCGUAGUACCUCCUCUGCUGCUAGUCGCACUCUGCUUCAUAUUUUACUGUCGCCGGCAAAGAAGAAGGAACAGAAAAGGUAAUAUGCGAUUACGACAAAAGCUUACCUACAACUUGCAAGGACAAGACAAGCUAGAUUGGGAAAUGGAAGCAGAACUUUCAGAGUUUUCAGUUUUCGACUUCCAUCAGAUAUUGGAGGCUACAGAUAACUUUUCUGACGAAAACAAACUUGGGGAAGGAGGUUUUGGCCCUGUCUAUAAGGGUCAGUUUCCGGAGGGAAUUGAGAUAGCAAUUAAGAGACUUGCUUCACAUUCUGGGCAAGGUAUCGUAGAGUUCAAAAAUGAAGUGGAACUCAUAGCAAAGCUCCAACACACAAAUUUGGUUAGGCUCUUAGGAUGCUGCUCUCAGGAAGAGGAGAAAAUUCUGGUCUAUGAAUACUUGCCCAACAAAAGCCUGGACUUCUUCAUCUUUGAUGAAAAUAGGAAAUCCUUACUGGAUUGGAGCAAACGUCUAGUGAUUAUUGAAGGAAUAGCGGAAGGACUUCUCUACCUACAUAAGCACUCCAGGUUGCGUGUCAUACAUCGAGAUCUUAAACCAAGCAACAUUCUCUUGGACAGCGAAAUGAAUCCUAAAAUUUCAGAUUUUGGGCUAGCGAAAAUAUUUAGCUCAAACAACCCCGAUGGAAAUGCUACAAGGAGAGUGGUUGGCACAUAUGGCUAUAUGGCUCCUGAGUAUGCCUCGGAGGGUCUCUUCUCCAUCAAAUCCGAUGUAUUCAGCUUUGGUGUUAUCAUUCUUGAGAUUCUUAGUGGAAAAAGGAAUUCUGGCAGCAAUGAUUGUGGAGAUUUCAUCAAUAUCCUUGGAUAUGCAUGGCAAUUAUAUGAUGAGGGGAGAUGGAAUGAACUCGUUGAUGCUUCAUUAGAGCCCCUGCAUCACUCAGCUGAAAUUAUGAGGUGCAUGAACAUUGGAUUGUUGUGUGUACAAGAGAUUGCAGCUGAUCGGCCAACCAUGUUAGAUGUUGUUGCAAUGCUAACCAACAAGACUAAGAUCCUUGCCGAGCCAAAGCACCCAGCGUAUUUCAACGUGCGGGUAGGAAAUGAAGAAGCAUCCACUAAUGCUACUGAGUCAUGCAGUAUAAAUGAGAUGACCAUAUCUGCCACAACUGGUCGAUAAAUUUUGUUUGUGCCAUGUGGAACAUUAUUGAGCCAAUUUUUAUGGAACUUUUAUUUUCGACAACGUGCAAUAGCAGAAGGAGACAAUUCAAAGAAAUGUAGUACCAUGGAUGUUAUUAUUAUAUAAUGCUUAAUUUUAUUAAGCAUGUUAUAUAGUGUGCAUAACUUAUUCUAUA